GUGUAAACAAGUAACCUCAGCUAAUAGGGAAGGCCUAUUAAAGCUGGAGUUGAUAGUCAGGGAAAACUGCCCCUUUAAAAUACACAAACCAGGCUCAAAUAGAUACAUCUUUUAAAUCUAUUCUUGUAAAGUCAUUGUUCAUUUAUUUGUAAAGGUUAUGGCACAUAUCUAAAAUGUUUGUUUCUUUAAAGUUGAAAGAAAAUCACAUAAAAAUGCAGCCUGCUCACGCGCUACAAGAGGCACUCGUCUCGUGCACUGUACUCGCUGUGACCUGAUGAGCAAACUAAAGAUAUCUGCAAAAAAGGGAAUUUGUUGGUGUGUUUGUACGGGCACAGAAACACACAUCUGCGAGAUUCAUUAUUCCACAAGUGGAGGCUACAGAUGGAAAAUAUGAUUCAGGACGAUGAUGAUGCCUCUCUUUGACUCAGCAGGGAGACAACCGAACAGAGAAAAAGAGAGAGGAAGAAAAAGGGGAGGAGGAAAGAGAGAGAAAGAAAGGACAUAGAGGAUGAUCCUGUUGGAAGAAGUUUUAACAUCCCACUGUUUCACUUAUUUUUACUUCAAAAUCUGCAGAAAUCAAGACAAACACGUCUUAAAAUAUACCCAUAUUGAUCCUCUCAUUUUCAUCAGGGAUUAACGGGGGUGCCAGUUUUCUCGCUCCAAAUAUUUUGGGAAAUUCAGGCAGCCAAUAUGAGUGUGUAUGUUAAUGUGUUUCUAUGUGUGUGUGCAUGAUUUUUGUGUGUCUUUCAGCUUGGUGAGUGACAAGUAUAAACGAUGUGUCUGGGGAACCUGCAUCGAGACGUCAACACAGACACACACACGCGCACACACACACACAGUUCCACAUUUCCUUCCAUCCAGCUGGGUUUCUUGCUGGGAGAUAUGCAGCCCAGCUCAUCGCCAGACAGACGGGUAAUAUAUGGCCCCCGCUCCUGCGUUACACACACACUCACACACACACACACACACACACAGGGACACACACUCUCAAACAAAUACAUAACCACAUUAGGACUUUCUGCAGAGCUGUAUGCAACUUCUUCCCUCACAUUUCACUCUCACAAUCUUCGUUUUUCUUUUGGAUGCUUCCAAAAUAAAUAACUUGAAAGCUGCACCGGACUUCAAGGUGAGAAGGAAACAAGGAGACAAGGAAAUAAGGGAAGAGAAAAAGGCGACAGACAUUCCAUCACAGCCCCCGUGGAGGUGCUGCACGGAAGAGCCAACCAGCCGUGAUUUCUAAUUGCAGAGAAAGGCAGAGCAGCAAGAAGCACGCAGGAAUGAGUCCGCUGAGAGGUUUCCCCCUGGUUCUGAUAUUGCUACAAGCAGCAGCUGUUUGUGCAGGUGUGGGUGGUGCAAAGGUGGACAAUGUGUCGUCACAAAUGUGUCGUCAUCCAUGUGACGAGCUGGUGGGCUUGCUAACAGAGAUCCACGGCCUGAGGAUUGUGACUGGGAACCUGCUGGAGGAUUUGGACAGAGUUUUAAAAGAAAAUGAAGACAUGCGUCUCUAUUUGGCUGAGCUGAGCAGCAACAACACCAGCUGGAGCAGCAGCAAUGGCAGCCUGAGCGACAGACACAGAGGUAGCGGCCGUGAUGAUUGGCAUAGGGAUGGCCGUGACGAUGGCCAUGGUGAUGGCCAUGGUGAUGGCCAUGGUGAUGGCCAUGGAGGAGAGGAUGGUGAUUUUAAUGACCCAGACAUGGACAGAAACGGGGAGGUGUGGUGUGUUCAGGAUGGGCGAGUGUACGAUCAGGGGGAGGACUGGGAGGAGGACAGCUGCACCUCCUGCACAUGCAAGAAUGGAAAGGCGGUGUGUAAGCUGAUGUCUUGCCCUCCUGUUUCCUGCCUCAAUCCCUUGUUUAUUGAUGGAGAGUGUUGCCCUGUGUGUCCCGAUAAUGACACUGGUUGGUCUCCGUGGUCUGAAUGGACAUACUGCUCUGCCACCUGUGGACGUGGAGGUACGCAAAGGGGUCGAUCCUGCAAUGGCAUCAUGCCGUCCUGCUCUGGCCCAUCGGUUCAAACGCGCAGCUGCAUGCUGGCAAAGUGCGACCGCAAGGGUCGUGCUGACGGAAACUGGGGCCUUUGGUCCCCUUGGUCUGCAUGCACGACUACAUGUGGAGACGGUAACAACACACGUGUUCGUCUCUGCAACAACCCCCCACCGCAUAAGGGGGGCAGAGGGUGCACCGGCAGUGCCAGGGAGAUGCAGUCCUGCAACAAUACCCUCUGUCCGGUUGCUGGAGGUUGGACCAGUUGGACUGGAUGGUCACAGUGCUCAGCAUCAUGUGGUGGAGGCCUUCUAAGUCGGGAAAGGGAGUGUAUGAAUCCUGCCCCACAGAACGGAGGGAAGCAUUGUGCUGGAGAUGCUACAGACUAUGACUCAUGUAACAAACAACCUUGUCCUAUAGACGUUUGUUUACAGUCAAACCCAUGUUUUCCGGGGGUGAAUUGUACUUCACAUAGCGAUGGAUCGUGGGAAUGUGGGCGCUGUCCCCUGGGUCUGAAAGGAAAUGGCACCCACUGUGACGAUGAGAACGAGUGUGAAGUGGAGGGUGUAUGUGUAACACAGUGUGUAAACACAGACCCCGGGUUCUACUGUCUGCCCUGCCCUCCUCGCUAUAAAGGCACCCAACCAUACGGCCUCGGACUACAGGAGGCCCAGAAAAUCAAACAGUUGUGUGAACCAUAUAAUCCCUGCAAAGACAACACACACACCUGCCACAAGUAUGCUAAUUGUGUGUACCUGGGCCUGGCAUCUGAGGUUUUGUACAAGUGUGUGUGCGCUGUUGGGUUUGCAGGCGACGGCUCCUUGUGUGGUGAAGACUCAGAUCUGGACGGUUGGCCCAACAAGAAAUUAACCUGCAAACAGAAUGCAACCUAUCACUGUGAGAAGGAUAAUUGCCCUAUGCUACCAAACUCAGGACAGGAAGAUCUGGACCGGGACGGACAGGGAGACACCUGUGAUCCUGAUGAUGACAAUGAUGACAGACCAGAUGAGAGAGACAACUGCCCGCUGGUAUACAACCCUCGGCAGUUUGACUCUGACAGAGACGGGGUUGGAGACCGCUGUGAUAACUGCCCGUUUGAAAGCAACCCGCUGCAGACAGACACUGAUGAAAAUGGAGAGGGAGAUGCCUGCAGCAUCGACAUCGAUGGAGACGAUGUUCUGAAUGACCGUGACAACUGUCCAUAUGUUUACAACACGGACCAGAGGGACACAGACCUGGAUGGCGUUGGAGAUCAGUGUGACAACUGUCCCCUUCUACACAACCCACUGCAGCGUGACUCAGACAACGACCUGGUGGGCGACAUGUGUGACAACAACGAGGACAUCGAUGAGGAUGGACACCAGAACUCUCUAGACAACUGUCCCUACAUUCCCAACAGCAACCAGGCCGACCAUGAUAAUGAUGGGAAAGGAGACGUCUGUGACCAUGACGAUGAUAAUGAUGGUAUACCAGAUGACCGGGACAACUGUAGACUGGUGCCCAACAAGGACCAGCUGGACUCUGAUGGUGAUGGCAGUGGAGAUGCAUGCUUUGACGACUUUGACAAUGACAGUAUUCCAGAUGCGCUGGAUCCCUGUCCGCUCAACCAGGAUAUCGGCUCUACAGACUUCAGGAAGUAUCAAGUAGUCUUGUUGGACCCUAAAGGCACCACGCAGUCGGAUCCUCUUUGGGUGAUCCGCAGCCAAGGCACUGAGCUGCUGCAGGCGGCCAACUCUGACCCCGGCAUUGCUUUAGGAUAUGACAAGUUCAGCGCGGUAGACUUCAGUGUGACAUUUUAUGUCAAUACAAACCGAGAUGACGACUACGCAGGCAUCGUGUUUGCCUACCAGUCCAGUCGACGCUUCUAUGUUGUCAUGUGGAAACAGGUGUCUCAGGCUUACUGGGAGACAAAGCCGUCCAAAGCUUUCGGCACAGCUGGAGUCUCCAUCAAACUGGUGAACUCCACCACGGGACCAGGGGAGUACCUCCGCAAUGCUCUGUGGCACACCGGAAAUACCAGACACCAGGUCAGAACUUUGUGGCAUGACCCCAAUAAAAUUGGCUGGAAGGACUACACAGCUUACCGGAUGCACCUCAUCCACAGACCAAAGACUGGGUUCAUCAGGGUGGUGGUGUAUGAAGGCAGGAACAUUUUAUCCGACUCGGGGGCGGUGUAUGAUCACACCCUGGCAGGAGGCAGACUGGGACUGUUUGUCUUCUCUCAGGAACACGUCCUCUUCUCAGACCUCAGAUAUGAGUGCAGAGAUAACUGAAGAACCCACCAGAGAGCCACAUACAUUUAAGAACAUUUCAGCUCAGCUAAGAGAGAGAGAGAAAGAAAACUACGCACCAGACCCAGGCCUUUAUUUUACCACAAUAAUCCAUUUCAUCCUUCAGCUAUCAGCUUUUUUUUAUACCACAGCAUUAACUUCAGGCUGCUAUCUCAUCCCCUGUAUAUUACUGUAAGACUCAGAAGUAACUGUAUUCUAGUGACAGUUACCUCUUUAUACUUUCAUUUGCUUUACUUUGAAUGGUUGUAAAUAUUUAUUUAUUGAUGCCAGAUGCCAGAUGUGAAAGGAUGAAAGAGGAGGAUGUACUGCUGAUGGAGUAAGUAGAGCAUUGUGCAGAUGUCUGGUGGUAACUUAUCAAUAAAAUACUUGUUUUUCA